AAAGAGCAGCAGGUGCUCUCGACGAGAAUAGACGCGUAGUUGGAUGCUGGGUGCGUAUACAGGGACAGAGACAGAGAGCGAGAGAGCGAGCGUGCGAUGGAGAGAGCGAGAGAGCGAGAGAGCGAGAGAGAGAGAGAGAGAGAGCGAGCGCCGGCGCGGUUUUCCCUCUUCUUGGCAGUAUAUUUAAAGGCUGCCGCCGGCCAACGAGCGCCACUACGCUCCUCGCUCUGCCGCACGGACCAACCGGCCGAAGCCACCAGGAUCAACAGGCGCUUCUUCUCUGCACAGCUGCACCACUCCGGCGGCCAUCGUCAUCACCAUGAAGCACGCUCGCACGGCGAUCUCUCUGGCGUGUCUGGCCGCGCUGCUGUCGGUCGCGGCGGCGAUGCCGCCGUUCCAGUGCAACCCCGGGUACGUCGACGACGUGCCGCCGAGGAUCCGCAAGAUCUGCGUGGCGCUGUCCACCCUGUACGAGCUCGGCUCUGCCAUGGAGAACUACGUGAACGACAAAGUGCCGGUCACGCACGAGGGUAAUCUGCUGCUGGACAACGGGGUCAAGCGGCAGGACGUCGACCACGUGUUCCUGCGCUUCGGCAAGCGGAGCCUCGCCGACGCAUCGGACGGGCUGGACAGAUUGAAGAUCCCGCUGCACGGCAUCGUCGCCUAAGGAGCCGGCGAGCGAGUCUCAUUUUCGUUUCCGGAAGCGUCGACCAGUCGGACGAACCGCAGGCAGCCGCGCACAGGACGACCACCGACGAUCAACGACGGGACGGGACGGGACGGGACGGGACUGCACGCGCACACGCACAUUAGCGAUUCUUUUCAUUUUUCCUUCCAGAGACCAGUAUUAAAAACAGUUCCUCGGCGCCCGAUCCAUGAGCGGUCAACGAAAGUCUGAUUAGAUUUAGUUUUCUCGCGGAAGAGAAACGGACAAGGCGGGACAAGGCGGGACAAGGCGCUCGUCGUCCGGUUCCUCGUCUUUCGCACGCUUCUUCGACUCGCACAGACUGACGACGUUCCUCUACAAGUAUUAUGCUUUCGCUUGUUGCUUUCGACGGCGCCAAAGAGGGAGCGGAGGGGAGAUCAAUCAUCUCGAUGUCUUCGUGAACGCUUCGGCAACUAUAACAUUCAAAUUCCUUCUUUCGUGCAUACGAGACACUAUUGAUUCAUCAUUAUAAGAUAUUAUAUUAUACAUGUAUAUACAAGUUUCUCUUGAACCUCCAAGAAAAAAAAAGAACAAACAA